GGGUGAGCAUGUAAUGAGCCACACCUCUCUUCUAUGCUGCAAGAUAAAUGGCCACUGAACUCAAGGGAAAAGUUCUAACGGUAUUGGGCCCUGUUUCUCCUGAUGAACUUGGUGUGGUACUACCUCACGAGCAUUUACUCCUUGAUUUCGGUAAAGCAUGGACACCAAAACCGCCUGAAUAUGGAGGCACUGGUGACAUUAAGGAUCUUCCAUUAGCAAUAGAGAAUCUUGGAGCAAUCAGACAAUACCCGUAUAGUAAUGCUUCUAACAUUAUGGUUGACUCAGAGGAAGAUCUCGUCCAAGAACUAAAAUUAUAUAAAGCAUCAGGUGGUGGGACGUUAUGCGAUGUAACAAUAACAGGCAUACGAACCAAACCACAGUCCCUCCCGUUAUUAUCCACAUCCAGUGGUGUGCAUAUUGUCCAUGGUACAGGAUACUAUACCAAGAGGUUUAUACCACCCGACGUCAAAGAUAUGACUAUCCAUGAGAUAUCUGAUACAAUAGUGAGAGAGAUAAUGGAGGGACUACCUGGUACAUCUCCUCCUGUGAGGUGUGGGAUCAUUGGAGAGAUAGGCUGCUCAUGGCCUCUUAAUGAAUUUGAGAAAAAGGUACUUCAAGGAUCAGCCAUUGCUCAAAGGAAAACUGGUGCUCCUCUUAUCAUUCAUCCUGGACGUAAUGAGAGAGCUCCAUUUGAUAUUGUCGACAUUUUAAAAGAAGCUGGAGCAGAUUUGUCAAGGACAGUAAUGUCACACAUUGAUAGGACGAUCCUUGACAGUGCUUCACUUAUCAAGUUUGCAGAGACAGGCUGUGGAGUGGAACUGGAUCUGUUUGGAAUUGAAUGCUCUCACUAUCAGUUCAAUGUAGAUGUUGAUAUGCCAAAUGAUGGUCAGCGUAUACAAAUGGUCAAAUGUUUGGUUGAUGGUGGCUAUAAAGACCGUAUCUUUAUAUCACACGAUAUUCACACGAAGCACAGAUUGGUUAAGUAUGGAGGCCAUGGUUAUUCUCAUAUAAUUAACAAUGUUGCCCCAAUGAUGGUCAACAGAGGCAUACCAAGAGAUGUAGUGGAUCAGAUUAUGAUAGAAAAUCCUAAAAAAUGGCUGACAUUCGUUUGAAACAUUUUACACUGAUAGUUAUUAAAACAUUAAUCAGUUUUCUUGAAUAUUAUAAUAAUUAUCGGUUGGCACAAAAAUAGUCAAAUAAUCUUAAA